AUGUUGGCCCUACGUUCCACGGCUGGCGCUGCCGCCAGAAGGGCAUGCACAGCUGCCAGUCGUCUGCCCUUGAUCUCAGCACGCACUGUGCCAAAGGCUGGCGCAGCAGCUGCUCUUGCGAACAGGAGGGGAUACUCUGCCCCAUCCAGCAGCCUGUCGACCCGAUCUACGGUCGUGCAGCUGCUGAGCAACAUUGGCUCGAAGAGAGAGGUCCAGCAGUACCUCUCCCACUUUAGCUCCGUCUCGCAGCAGCAAUUCGCUGUCAUUAAGGUCGGAGGAGCCAUCCUCACCGAGCACCUCGAAUCCCUCACCUCUGCCCUCGCCUUCCUAAACCAUGUCGGCCUUUUCCCCGUUGUCGUGCACGGCGCUGGACCACAAUUGAACAAGCUGCUGGAGGAUGCUGGAGUGGAGCCCCAGUUCGAGGAGGGUAUCCGGGUCACGGAUGGCAAGACAUUGGGUGUUGCGCGCAAGCUGUUCUUGGAGGAGAAUAUGAAGUUGGUUGAGAAGCUCGAGGAGCUGGGAGUUCGUGCCCGACCGAUCACUUCUGGCGUCUUUGGAGCGGACUACCUGGACAAGGCCAAAUACAAUUUGGUGGGCAAGAUUAACAAGGUCAACAAGGCUCCUAUCGAGGCAGCUAUCAACGCAGGAUGUCUGCCAAUCUUGACUUCAAUGGCUGAGACACCCGAGGGCCAGGUCUUGAACGUCAAUGCCGAUGUUGCAGCUGCGGAGCUGGCCACGGAGCUUCAACCUCUGAAGAUUGUGUUUCUGGCUGAGAAGGGAGGAUUGUUCAAUGCUGAUACUGGGGAGAAGAUUUCUGCUAUUAAUCUGGACGAGGAGUACGAGGACUUGAUGUCGCAAUGGUGGUGCCGAUACGGAACAAGACUGAAGAUCAAGGAGUGCAAGCAACUGCUUGAGACGCUCCCGCGAACAUCCAGUGUGGCGAUCAUUCAUCCGGCCGAUCUCCAGAAGGAGUUGUUCACGGAUACCGGAGCGGGAACUCUCAUCCGACGAGGCAACAAGUUGUCUACCACUACUGCCAUUUCGCAAUUUGAGGAUAUUCAGAAGCUCAAGGAUGUUUUGGUCAGAGAUCGUGAAGGUCUUGAUGCUAAGGCUACAGUUGAGAGAUUCGUGGAUGGCUUGCAGAAGAAGGAAUUCAAGGCGUAUUUUGACGAGCCCAUGGAUGCUCUUGCCAUUGUCCUCCCACCUUCACCCGAAAGCAGCCUUGCUAACUUGGCAACUUUCACCAUCACCAAGGCCGGAUGGUUGACCAACGUCGCAGAUAAUGUCUUUGCCGCUAUCGAGAAGGACAACCCAAAGCUGGUCUGGACCGUUAAGGAGGACGACGAGAACCUAACCUGGUUCUUUGAUAAGGCCGAGGGCAGUCUAUCGAAGGAUGGGGAGGUCAUGUUCUGGUACGGGAUUGAGAAUGGAGACGAGGUUAAGCAGCUUAUGACUGAAUUUACCAAGCACGGCCGUGCUAUGCUCGGUGAUGCCAACCUGGAGGAGCGUCUCCAUCGAGCUGCGAGAGCUGCCAGCGGAAUGAGCGCUUCCAUACACCAUGUUGGUCAGCCACAACGGCAACAAGCGCGGGCCUUCUCCACCAGCGCUCACAGACCUGUCUCCAUGACUACUCGCCCAUCCACCCCCCGCACAUUCGCUUCUUCGUCACGUGGGUAUGCUACCACCACCAACCCAAACCCUCCUUUUGGCUCCAAACACUCUUCUAAGGAGCAGCCAGCCAAGGUCGCCUUGAUUGGCGCCCGAGGAUACACGGGACAGGCUCUCAUCAGCCUUCUUAAUGCUCACCCAAAUAUGGACCUCCGCCACGUUUCAUCGCGUGAGUUGGCUGGCCAGAAGCUCAAGGGUUACGAGAAGCGAGACAUUACCUACGAGAACCUCACGGCUGAGGACGUCCGCCGCAUGGAGGAGAACGGAGAAGUCGACUGCUGGGUGAUGGCUCUCCCCAACGGCGUCUGCAAGCCAUUCGUCGAUGCCGUCAACGAAGGCAAGGGUCCUCAAAAUAGCGUCAUCGUCGACCUCUCGGCUGACUACCGAUUCGACAGCAAGUGGACCUAUGGUCUUCCCGAGCUUGUCAACAGAUCUGAGAUUUCCAAGGCCACCCGGAUCGCCAACCCGGGAUGUUAUGCAACCGCCGCUCAAAUAGGCAUUGCACCUCUCGUCCCCUUCCUCGGCGGCCAACCUACCGUCUUCGGUGUGUCUGGCUACUCCGGCGCAGGAACCAAGCCUAGCCCCAAAAACGAUGUCGACAACCUGACCGGCAACAUCAUUCCGUACAGCUUGACUGACCACAUCCACGAGCGCGAGAUCAGCUCGCAGCUUGGCGCUGAGGUUGCCUUUGUCCCCCACGUCGCAGUCUGGUUCCAGGGUAUCCACCACACGAUCAGCAUUCCGCUCAAGCAGAGCAUGACGAGCAGAGACAUUCGCCAGCUAUAUCAAGAGCGUUAUGCGGGCGAGAGACUCGUAAAGGUCAUUGGGGAGCCGCCGAGCGUGAAGAAUAUUAGCGGCAAGCAUGGUGUUGAGAUUGGCGGAUUUGGCGUGCACAGCUCGGGGAAGCGAGUCGUUGUUUGUGCGACGAUUGAUAAUUUAUUGAAGGGGGCUGCUACUCAGUGUUUGCAAAACAUGAACCUCUCACUCGGCUUCGCCGAGUACGAAGGUAUCCCGCUUGAUUAG